UCUGCAAGUAUGAGAGAGAUUCUCCACAUCCAAGGCGGCCAAUGCGGCAACCAGAUUGGAGCAAAGUUCUGGGAGGUUGUGUGUGAUGAGCACGGUAUUGAUCCCACCGGAACUUACCACGGCGACUCCGACCUCCAACUGGAGAGGAUCAACGUCUACUUCAACGAGGCCAGCGGCGGACGCUAUGUGCCGAGAGCGGUGCUCAUGGAUUUGGAGCCGGGUACCAUGGACAGUGUGAGGUCGGGGCCGUAUGGACAAAUCUUCCGGCCGGACAACUUCGUCUUCGGACAAACCGGAGCUGGUAACAACUGGGCCAAGGGACACUACACGGAGGGCGCCGAAUUGAUCGACUCGGUGUUGGAUGUUGUGAGGAAGGAGGCCGAGGGAUGCGAUUGUCUCCAAGGCUUCCAGAUCUCCCACUCCAUGGGAGGCGGGACAGGGUCGGGGAUGGGGACGCUGCUCAUCUCCAAGAUCCGCGAGGAAUACCCCGACCGCAUGAUGCUCACAUUCUCCAUCAUGCCGUCGCCCAAGGUGUCGGACACGGUGGUGGAGCCGUACAACGCCACGCUGUCCGUACACCAGCUGGUGGAGAACGCGGACGAGUGCAUGGCGCUGGACAACGAGGCGCUGUACGACAUCUGCUUCCGUACGCUCAAGCUGACCACGCCCACAUUCGGCGACUUGAACCACCUGAUAUCGGCGACCAUGAGCGGCGUGACGUGCUGCUUGCGCUUCCCCGGUCAACUCAACUCCGACCUCCGCAAGCUGGCGGUCAACCUCAUCCCCUUCCCGCGCCUCCACUUCUUCAUGGUGGGAUUCGCGCCGUUGACCUCCCGGGGGUCGCAGCAGUACCGCGCGCUGACGGUGCCGGAGCUCACCCAGCAGAUGUGGGACGCCAAGAACAUGAUGUGCGCCGCCGAUCCCCGCCACGGCCGCUACCUCACCGCCUCGGCCAUGUUCCGCGGCCGCAUGAGCACCAAGGAGGUUGACGAGCAGAUGCUCAACGUCCAGAACAAGAACUCGUCCUACUUCGUGGAGUGGAUCCCCAACAACGUCAAGUCGAGCGUGUGCGACAUCCCGCCCAAGGGACUGAAGAUGUCGGCCACCUUCAUCGGCAACUCCACCGCCAUCCAGGAGAUGUUCAAGCGGGUGAGCGAGCAGUUCACGGCCAUGUUUCGAAGGAAGGCAUUCCUGCACUGGUACACGGGCGAGGGGAUGGACGAGAUGGAGUUCACCGAGGCCGAGAGCAACAUGAACGACCUCGUGUCCGAAUACCAGCAGUACCAAGACGCGUCCGCCGACGAGGAGGGAGAGUUUGAAGAGGAGGGCGGCGAGGCCGACGGCAAAGGGAGCAAACUUGUCGCCAGGAACAAUCGACAGGAGCUCGACCGAAGGCUUGUGUGUGCCGACGACGCAAACAUUCCCGAGAUCCACCCCGGCUGGGACUGUAUUCCCUGCGUGUAGCCCGGCGAUAGUUGGAGGUACGGGGAUGGAUAUAUCUCCUUGCGGAAUAGAGAUACACGAUAUCUCCGCCUCCAUCAUACAAAGCUGAAGCUCUACCAGUUCAAAGCUC